GUAUACCUCACCUCGGUGGGCGAACCGGACAUGAUGACACACACAUGUCCCGAACCGAUAUGGAUGGAUGAGUCGAUGAUAGACGGACGGGUCGGGCAUGUUAGGUAUCCACACACGCGAAGCGAAGGACACAUCUGUCUGUACAGUACACGGCAGGCAGGCAGGCAGGCAGCUGAGAGAGACAGAGCAUCCGCGUACGCAGCCAUCAAUCAGUGCAUGGAGACGGGGAGAGCAGAGAAAACUGGAAAGAUGCGCACGGCAAGUCAAUCAAAUAGAUACGAGUGACUUGGUGGAUACAAAGCCCGUCAUGUCAUGUGUAUGCACACCCCACCCAUCCACGAGAGUGAGCAGCAUCUUCCCCAACACGUCCCCAUCUCUGUCCGUCCCUACACCCCUUCACCUGCCCCUCCCCAGCUUAUCCUCAACAUGCUCCCGCAGCCUCGCAAGCUCCUCCGCACGUUCGCACGCCUCAGCCCCCGCCCGCCUGGCGCGGCUCUCGUGCCGACGCGCCUCCUCGAUCGCCGCACACACAUCCACACGCAGCCUCCUGAGGCCACUGUGAGAGCGCUCCGAGUCCACAGCCGACUGAGACAGGCUGCAUACGACACAAGGGAGACAUUGAUGUGUGUUAGGGGUGUGUGUGUGUGUGGCAGACUUGUGAAAGGGCUGGGGGCGGUAGGUGUGCAAGAGGGGCUCCAGUCGGUCUAUGUCGGGCUCUGCGGCGUCCAGACACUGCUGGGCCCUCUCGCUAUCGCUGGAAGCCCGCUGAUACCUGCAUGGACCGCACGGACACACCAACAUUGGUGGGUGGGUGGAUGUCCUGGCUGGCUGGUUCCCUGCCCGCUCACUUCUGCUGCUGCACGCGUGUGAGUCCCUCCUCCCUGCGGAUCUCGCCCUCUACUUGUGCCAACUCAGCCUCCAGAUCAGCAAUCCUGCACACGCCCACGCGGGCAGAGGCUCACAGGCAAUGAGUGGCUGGUGGAGGAGAAGGCGUCUGCGGCUGACCUGCGCCUCGUAUCGGAGUCCUCCUCGUCGUUGCGAUCCGCCGGUCCAGGCUCGUCCGGCGCUCCCGGCCAAUCAUCCACCUCAGUCUGAGAGCCGAUACAGGCAUGGCAUGGGUACGUGCACCAGUGGUGUCUGCCUGCCUUUGGCACACGCACCUCCUCAUGCCGCCUUCUUGGAUGCACGUUCCGUGGUCCAUCGUUGGCACGUCGGUCCGCAUGACCAUCCCUGCAGGCACAACGCGGCGCGUCGAUGUGUGCAUGCGGUGCUUUCAUGGAUGUGGCUGGGUGGCGUACAUGUGGGCGGACGGUGAGGGGCUGCCGAGUAAGCGAUGGCCUGCGGCGGCCUGACGAGCCUGUGGGUCCACUGAUACGAUGGCCACCCUGACACACACACACACAUGACAUGGCUGACGUGUGUUGCUCUGUGCGUCCCUCGCUCUUCCUUUACUAACCUUCCAGAUAAUUCAUGCAUGAAGACGAGCGUCCCGGUGCUGUCCGCCAGCCGCUCCUUGUCGUCGCUGUCCAUCGCUGCCCCCACCGGCGGCAGCAGCAGCAGGACGUCCUCCCUGUCCCGCAGGUCCCUCCACAGGUCGCCGUCCUUGCCCUGCUCCCACAGCCCCUGCAGCCGGAGAUACGCUAUGGCAGCACGCCGCUCCUCGUACAUCCCUGACAUUAAUUACGUGCAAGACGCGCACAGACACCAUGCUAGGUAAUUGGCACAGACACCAUGUUAGAUGGCAUGUUGGGAGGGGGAGGCUCACCUCCGAUCAGCAGGUGGUCUGCGACUCUCUCGACGCCGCACGCACGGGACGCGCGAGCGAUGCGCCUCGUGAGAGCGGCCAUCCGCCCCUCGCCCAUGCGACGGAACACGUGAAGGUCCUCAUCCGACAACUGUAUGCGGUCAAUGGCCAGCUCGUCUCGCCGGCUGUGGCGGCUUCCUGUCCACCCUGACAGAAGGUACCCACAACCAAAGGACGUACGAAUGCAUACACAAGGCAUGUUUGGAGUGUAGUGUUACGUGCAGAGGAGAAUCCUAAUGCUGCCGGGUGGUCGGAACUCUCAACCAGGCGCAUCAAACGCAGCUGCGCGGCGAUGCGGUCGCGCCUGACCGACACGACACGCAGUGUUUUCACUGAUGGUUUGAUGCUCAUGUCAUGGUGUUUUCCCGUCUUUCUCACCGGUUGGCUCCGAAUAUGGCUAUGCCGCGCUGCCGAGACUCCUUGCUCUUGCCAGGUAUCAGCAGACAGCCGCACUCGCGCAUCAGACGGACAGCCGCGGCGCUCACAACACCACCGCCAGGACCGGCGGGCUCCCCUGAAGCGUCAAACACACACAUACACAACAAGCCUGUAUUCCUUAUCUGUUGCCUGGCUGGCCACCCAUGACGAGUCGAAUGAUAUCUCUGUGCACCGGGAGGAAGUCCAGGUUGCCGGUGUUGUCGGAUUCCUUGAGGGAUGCGGCGCCCCUCUCGACGUACUGCAUCAGCAGCUUCAUAUACCUAAACGCCCUAGUGACGUCAUCCUCCUGCUCGCCGCCGCUCACCGAGAUGUCUGAAUGAACGAGGAGGUCGGGGAGGGAGACAGCACCAUCCACGGCACACACAGCACUCACCCACCCAUUCAAUGCGCCGUACCAUUAUCGUGCAGCUCUAUGUAUGUGCCCGUGAGGGUCUCGAUCACGCUGCGAUAGAUGCCGUCGUGAGCUGUGAGGGCGCGAUCCAGCGAAGGCGGCAGGCUCCGCACGUCACCCUCCCCAUCCCUCUCGUCCGGCGGCCAGUCGUCCAUAUGUUCCAGAGGGUCAUCCGGGGCAUAGUCUCGCGAGCGAAUGCUUGGUCGGUCGGGGUGGUUGGCGGUGGCUGUAGGGGGCUGUGGUGCUGCCUCAUGCCGGCUGUGAUCUCGGUUGAGGGGUGUGGGGUUGAGAGGGGCCAUGGUGGGCGCCACAGGGAGAGGGGCCCGGCCGGUCCGCACUCGCUCCUGCGGCACCGGCGGCCGCAGGAUGAUCGGCAUAGAAUGCUGCUGUUGCUGCUGUGGCGGGGCCACCGAUGGCUGCUGCUUCGGUGCAGCGACGAGCAAAGAGGAAGCCGGUGGGGCAGUGAGGGGGUUGGGCGGUGCCAUAGGGUCUUUGGCAGCACUUGCGGCAGUGGAUGCGGGGUUGACGGGCGGCUGGCUGCCUGAGGGGCCUCCCUCAGCUCCCUCUGGCCGUGAGCGAACCUGCAGCUGUAGCAGCAGCAGCAGCAGCAGCAGCAGAGAGGGUGGUGUGGUGUUGUGAGUGCACGUGUGGUGUGGUGGCGUACGCACUUGGCGUCUGUGCAUGUGCCGUUCAUGAAGCCCCGGCACAGGCGGGUCUUUCUCAAAUCGGGCCUCGUGCGCAACUCCUCCUGGGGGCACACGCACACACGGCUCAGCGGCUGUGUGCGGCUCUCAGCGGCUCAAGCCUCUCUUCAGACAGCUCACCUCGCCGUGCGCGUAUGUGCACUUGGCUCCGCGGGCGCACUUGCCCUCCUGCCAGUGCUUGCAGAUGACAGUCUUGUACAAGAGCGAAUUUUCCUGCACCUGCCUCUCGCCAUUCCUUCCGCCUUCCUCAGCCAUCGCCGACGUGUGCCGCGCCCUGAAUGAGUCAACCAGGCCGCAUUCACAAUGUUCACUCAUGCCAGUGGACUCAUCCCCUUUCCCCCGACUAACCGACCAUGGCAGCGAACACAGUGACCGUCGGCUGAUGAAUUAUCUAUCCAGCGAAGGACAGCGUAUCGCCCACCGCAACCAGUGCGAUGUCAGGCUGCCCUCUUGUUCUCCUCCUCUUCUUCUUCUUCUUCUUCUUCUUC